AUGGUCUCCAGUCUACUAGUCGAGUCACUCGCAUCUCCGACUCAGGUCUUGAAGGAUCUAUACGAUGCGCGCCAAAAUGAGGGGUCCAGCCUCUCUGAUUUCCCCAAGGCCGUGAGCACGCACUUUAGCGAAAUAUUCGCAAAGCCCGAGGCGUUCGCAGAGAUACCUGCACUCGAUGUCUCCAAACCUCCCUCGAGCUUUCAACCGGGUGCUCUUGUGCGCUUUCGCGCAAUGGUACAGGAUACAUCGGCUUCACCCGCGAUGUACCUCGCGCAAACGCAUUCGGGACACUGCGCGGGCUGGGGAAUCGUACAUCCAGAGGAGGAAGAUGGCAAGGACAUUGACUACUCCAAUUUGCGAGACUGUACGGUUGUUUGGGCUGUUAGUGUACCGGGUGAGAGUGAUUGGUAUAAGGAAACGAGACACGGCGGAGGAUCCGGCAAUGCGGACGGUGACUCUCCUGCCGUGAAGGGCCACAAGUAUCCCCUACCGAAGCAGGCGCAUGUCGGUGCGCAGAUCAAGAUGUACGACGCCUUCGGCAACAACGCACCCAAAACGGCCGACGUACUCGACUUUGUAGGCAUCUUGCACUCAGAACUAUAUCACUCCGAGUCGGAAGAGGAGUCCGCUAGUGACGUCCUUGUACCGACGCUACACGUUCUCUUCAUGCGCCCGCAUAUACACGAAACCCCUUAUCAAACAGCACCGUCAUUCGAUGCGAUGCUGAGAGACGAGUUGAUCGCCUGGAUCGCGGAGGAGGCGUUGGGCGGAGACCGUGAAGCAGCGGAGUGGGUGUUAUUGACUUCCAUUGCACGAGUGCAAUCGCGCACGCGUGGCCUCUUACCUCCAUCGUUGACCCUCUCACGUUUCGGCGCAGCGCCAGAUUCAACAUCAAUCCCGACACUUGUACACAUUCUAUCACAUCUACACCCUUUACUUGCACAUCUCCCACUGACUCUUGACUACCUCAACACAACGCCUUUCUCUCCUCACAGCGAAGCCGAGGAUCUUCAUGCCGGUGCAUUGCAACUACCUGCUGGCUCUACGGUUCUUAUCACGGAGGGCGGUGUGCGUGAAGGCAAGCUGCUUGAGCGUGGAGUUCGAAAUAUCAUGGCGGCGCAGGAGGCGAUCAAUGCGCAGACUUUGGCGUAUCAAUUCCCGUUUAGCGAUUUCUCGUUCCCUGUCGACCUGUCGUUCAUCGUCGUGUCGGAAGGCACGAAGAGUGCCUUCGUGAGGACGGACCUGACCAUCCCACUACAACCGACGAAAAAGGAUGCGGACCUGUAUCGUCCCGCUUCGGAGAUCAAGCUACCGCCCAAAGAGAAGCUAGAGGCUUUUCGCCACCUGGUCACCGGUGCGAAGACGCGCAGCAUUGAGCUUAAGGAUGCCGUGGCGCAGGUCGUGCAGGAUGAUUUCGUCGAGGAACGCAAGGCGGACAAGAGUGUCUCGCCCGAUGACCUCAAGAGGACCAUCAUGGUUGCCAGGUUGGAGGGUUUGCUAUUACACGAAGAGGAGCUUUCGAUUGAGAUAUGGAAGCGAGCGAAGGAGUUGGAGAAGGCAAGACCACAAUCGUCCAUUGUCCUCCCAAUCGAGGCAGGCAAUAGCAGCAUGAUGAAGAAGCUGCGCAAGCGCGCGUCUCGAAGCCCCGUCAAACCGCCUCGUGCCUCGAAUCCAACCACUACCCUCGAGCGCGCAGAUGCAGAGCCUUCGACCGACCGCGUACACCCAUUCCCUACUUCAUCGAUACCGCUGGCGUCCUCGUCGACUUCCUCUGCCGCAGCGUUGAUUACGCCGCCAAGUACACCUGGUCCGACCAGUAUGACGGCCGCGAAGAGCCAGUACCGCAGCAGGACUAUGACGCUCGCCAUGGCGUCCGCCUCGCCAAAUAAUGCGAUGGAGAAGACGCAGCCGGCGCUUCCUGGAUAUUUGCGACCGGCAUCACCCGCAGAGCAGUAUUGGGCCGCCCGAGCCUUGACGGCGGAGACAUUAUUGGCCGCGAAGACGGAGCACCAGCGAGAGCUCAAAGCCGCCGUAUAUUCCGAGGAUGUGAAGCGAGUGCGAGACCUCGAUGCGCUGCGGGAGCAGUACAACGCGCGGAACAGGCAGCUCGAACAUAUCCUAAUCGGGGCGGCAAUACUGAUUGCGGUGCUCAUCGCCAUCCUAUCCUAUCUCCUUUUGUCUCACGCACAUACACCGAAACCUGCUCCGGCACGCUGGGCGUUGGCCUCACACAUAACCAUCCCUAUACUAUCCCCUUUCGCAUCUGUGAUCGAGCAUGAAACGUCGCAUGGGUUCGGGACAAGGACUAUCAUCGCCUUGGCCGCUGUCGGUGCCUGUUUGUUGUACGCUAUAUGGUGGCAUUGGUAUGCGCGUGGUAUGAAACGCAGGUAG